AUGACCAAGACCGCAAUCCCCCCCAAAACACCGCCGAUGAUUGCGCCCAGGUUUGAGGAUGGGGCAGUUGGGGUGCUGGAUGUCUCCAAACCUGCUGAUGUUUCCAAAGUAAUAGAGGAGGUUGUCGAAGAAGGUGGAGAUGCGGUCGUAGACGGAUCUGUUGACAAGACGGUAGUUAACCCCGAAGAGGUGGACGUAGAGGAAGUGGUGGUGGUUCUCGGCGUCACACUGGGCAGCAAACCAAUGGCCCCAGCUGUAAUCAACGAGAGUGUGUCAUUGUCGCUGUCAUUUGGACAAAUGCCCAUCGUACACGGAUCACUUGAGCAGCACCCACGAAAGUUGCCUGCCGUGCAGACAUACCACUGCUUGGUCCCGGUGCAAGAACUAGAGUCUCGAGGGAUGAUAGACUCGAGGGACUUGAGAGUCUCCAUCUCGAACACCAUCCUCAAAGAUCAAGUCUCAUUCACCGAAUCGGAAGAUAACUUGAUCAAAUCGCAAGACACAGCAGUUAUGCUGGAUAACGCAAGCUUCAACGACUGGAGGUAA